AUGUCUGAAGAAGAAGAGAUCUUGGACUUGGGGAUGUUCGAGGAGCCUGCGGACUUCAGACCCCCGGCCGCCGAACACCACUUUGCCUUGUAUGAGCGGGUGACCACUAAAGCCCCUAGCACCAUCAAUUUGCGCUUGGUGGGCAAGUCUCCGCUCUGGGGCCAUCUCCUCUGGAACGCAGGCAAAUACACAGCAAAUUACAUAGAUGAGCACGCAGAAGAGCUCGUCCGCGGUAAGCGGAUUCUUGAGCUUGGGGCUGCCGCUGCGUUGCCGUCGUUGAUUUGUGGCUUGAACGGAGCUUCAGAAGUUAUCUGUACAGACUAUCCAGAUCCUGAUUUGAUUGAAAAUAUUCAGUACAACGUCGACCACUGUCAAGAAUUAAGUCCACAGGCUGUCAAAGUCAGGGGGUACAUCUGGGGAGGUGAAAAGGCUGGGAUAUAUGGAGUGGAAGAGAAGAAGAUGGUUUUGGAGGAUGAAAAAUUCGACUUGAUCAUUCUUCUGGACUUGGUGUUCAAUCAUACGGAACACUUGAAGUUGUUACAGGAUUGUCGGGAUUUACUUAAAAGAGACGGGAAGGUGUUUGUGGUUUUCAGCCCUCACCGGCCCCGCCUUUUGUCAAACGACCUAGAGUUUUUCAAGACUGCCGAGCAGUAUGAGUUUAAGAGCGUGCAAAAUGACUUGGUGAUAUGGAAGCCGAUGUUUGAAGAGGACGAUGAAACUGCCGAAAUCAGAGCUCGAGUGUACUCAUACUUUUUAAUUCCUCAAUGGAUUGAAUAA